AUUGCUGAAAUGUCCCCAGUAAUCGGACAUUCAUUAUGAGUGGCAACGAAACUGCCUUGAAGCUUAGAACGGUAGUUAAGCCGUCACUUUCAUUAGUCUAAUAUCCACUAGACCCGCUGGGACUGUUUAUUCUUCACUCUCAGAGCGCAUUAUUUUGCGCACCAUUACGCAGCAGCUUCGGAAGAUGGACGUGAACUGUAAAAUCUACGGCUUUUUGACAUGUAUCCUCCAGGCACUUCUGCUGUCAUCGGCCACCCUGGAACCGUUCGACCUGCUUUAUGAUAACGGAGUGGAGGCUUUUUAUAAAGGAGAUUAUGGCAAUGUGGUGCGGUAUAUGGAGAGCGCGCUGAAGAGUUUCUCUGAAGUGCGCCAGACCAGAAUCAGAUGCAGGCUGAAAUGCAGUGACCAGCAUCGCUUUGACAGCUUUCUGACUGAUAAGAUUUUUGAAGUGAUCCUUUAUAGAGGGCAUUGUUUAAAUCAAUGCAUUGAUGGAAAAAUCGGAGCCCAGUCCAUGCAUAAAAUUAGUGAGGAUGUCAUUCAAGAUUUCAAUAGAAGAAAUCCCUAUAACUACCUGCAACUUGCCUACAGAAAACUCGGGCAACUGGACAAAGCUGCAUCUGCUGCUCAUACAUAUUUCCAGGCCAACCCUGAGCAUGUGGAAAUGGGAGAGGACCUGGAGCAGUACAAAGCCCAGAAAGGUGUAAAAGAGGAAGACUUUAUUGACCGGGAAUCCCGCCCACACCAGAAAACCUUCUUUGCUGGGGUGAAGCUCUACGACAAAGGCAACUAUGAAGAGUCCGUGACGCUCUUUGAAGAGGCUCUGACUGAGUAUUACCGUGCCGAUAUGGAGUGUCGGGCCCUCUGUGAAGGGCCGCAGCACUUCGAGGAGCAGAAACACGUCUUGUACAAAUACAACCUCUACGAGCUAAUCUCAGAUCAUUACACACAGGUUCUUCACUGUCAGCACGAGUGUGUCCGAGACUUGGCCACGCGCCCCGGGCGCCUGUCGCCCGUGGAAAACUACCUGCCACUGCAUUACGACUACCUGCAAUUUGCCUAUUUCCAAGCUGGGAGGAAUGAAGAGGCGUUGGAGUGUGGGUUGACCUACCUGUUGUUCCACGAAGGUGAAGAGUUCAUGUCUGAGAAUGUGGAGUAUUACAGGGAGGUGCUGGGACAUGAUGGCCAGCCUCGUAAGGAAGCUGAACAGUACCUAAGGCGGCACAAACAGGAGUUAGACCUGCUCCUCAUCGGCAGCAGCAAUCUUGGAGUGCCCUAUAUUGAAGGGCACUACUGGAGCAGUUCGGGCGGUAGAGAAGAUGCUAACAGGAUUCCUUCUGGUACCGAUGGCUGGAUGGACUAUGUGCCAAUAUCAGCAAAGAGAAAUCUCACAAUGUCUGCGUUACAAGAGCUGCGAGAAGGAGGUCCAUUGCUGUAUGAGAAUGUACGGCUUGUACAAAACUCUGACACCCUGAAUGGAAGCCAGAGGGUGCUUUUUGAUGAUGUCAUCAGUGAGGACGAGUGCUCUGAGCUCAAACAUCUGGCAUACACUGUCACUGCUGCUGGUGACGGCUACAAGGGGAAAAUGUCUCCCCACACACCAAAUGAGAAAUUCGAAGGGGCGACAGUAUUGAAAACGCUGAAGUAUGGCUACGAUGGACGUGUUCCUUUAAAAAGUGCCCGCCUCUUUUAUGAUGUCAGUGAGAAGGCCAGGCGGAUAAUUGAGUCAUACUUCAUGCUAAACUCUACUCUGCAUUUCUCAUACACACAUCUAGUGUGUAGGACCGCCAUAUCUGGUCAGCAGGACCACAGAAACGACCUCAGUCACCCAAUACAUGCUGACAACUGUCUUCUGGACCCAGAAGCGAAUGAGUGCUGGAAAGAGCCACCCGCUUACACCUACCGAGACUACAGUGCCCUGCUGUAUUUGAAUGGCGAUUUUGAUGGCGGAGAAUUCAUCUUUACAGAAAUGGACGCCAAGACUGUCACUGCCUCAGUGAAGCCCAGAUGCGGGCGGAUGGUGGGGUUUUCGUCUGGCGGUGAGAAUCCACACGGUGUGCGAGCGGUCACUAGGGGGCAGCGGUGUGCUGUUGCGCUCUGGUUCACUUUAGACCCCCUCUACAGGGAGCUGGAGAGGCUUCAAGCUGAUGAGGUGAUGCAAGCCCUUGAUAGUCAGCACAUGUGGGAGAACGACCUGCAUAUAAACCCAAAAGACGAGUUAUAGUCCAUCAACCAAUGGAAGAGAAAGCACAGGGUUCACGUCAUUACUUAUUUAUUGAAUGAUCAGAAUGAUUUUAUUUUUUUACUGUGUGACAUUUUGUUUCUGUUUGUGAGAAUUUUAUUGUUGUUGUUAUUAUUAUGUGUGCAUGUAAAAUCUCAGUUCACAAUUGAUCAUCUCAAAAUUAUUCCAUGGUAUUUCUAUUCUGGUAAAAAAAAACUGAGUUUUCAUGAUCCCUUUUCUGUUGUAAUAUCCUGUUUACAGCAAAUUGCGGAAGUAAAAUGGGUCUUUUAUGUUGACUUUAAAAGAAACAGGGAACAUAAUUUAAAUUUCUAUCAAGGAAAGUAUGGUUUGACUUUGGUUUUAUUGAAUGAAACGCAUUUAUACCACCAAAGAGUGAAUUGACACUGUACAACAGCAUAUAUCCAUAGCUUUUUAGAUGUGUUUUAUAUUCAAGUUGAUUUAACUAGACAUAAUCCAAGUUACCUAUCGAAACAGACUAUGAAAAAUGAGGAUUUGCACAGUUAUAUACUUACUGUAUAUUCUUCUGUGAUAUUAACAUACAGUAGCUAUCAGUUGUUUUAAUGGUGGACUGUGGUUUCCUUCACAUUGUGACACCGCAGUGCUUUCAGAUGAGUUAAUUUAUACUGUUUACAAAUGAACUGACUCGAGCUAUGCUGUAGUUUGAUCGUAGACUGCUAUAACAGCAAGCGUCAGCAUUUGAUAUUAGGAACCUUUUUAAUAAAAGAUGCUAUUUGUUCCUGUUUCAAGGAAUUUGAACUUAAAUGUGGCAUAUUAAUUGUCCUUUCCUUUCAAAUUCAUUGACUCGUGUUACAUAUCUCUCUGUGGGUAGUUGAAAUGUGCUUUGCACACUUGCCUCAGCUCUUGUCGAAUUUGAACAAGGACGACAGCCACUUUUUCUCACUGAUAUUUAAUUACAUGAGUAUUUAAGUCUGCUUUUACUGUAUGUAAUGCACAAUGAUGUUUGCGAUAUGUAUUUUAAAUUAAAGACUUUAUUAUUCUUA